AUGUCCUAUCGAGCAGUCUCCGUGUGGUGGGUGGUCCUCUUCCUCUGCACAUUUACGCUGACGCGUGGCUCUGACAUUAUAAAAUGGCCCCUCCAAAGAUCGGCGAACCUGCCCGGAGACAUAAUGCUCGGCGCCCUCUUCCCCAUUCACGAGGCCAAUUCGUCUUUCGAAUGCGGACGGAUACAAAUCGAGGACGAAGGAGUUCAGCAGCUGGAGGCAUUGCUGUACACAAUCAAGAAAAUCAAUGAGGAUCCCUCCAUCCUGCCAGGCAUUAAACUCGGACUAAUUGCGUUAGAUUCAUGCGACAAUAGCGUCUACGCCUUGGAACAGUCACUGGAUUUCAUCAAAGGUUUCAUAGCACGAAAUAAUGUAUACGACUCUGGGAAGGAAUUCACCUGCUCCGACGGAUCGGUACCCACCUAUAGGAACGGCUCGUUUGACCGUGUUGUCGGCGUUAUCGGAGGACAAUCAAGCUCGGUCUCGAUACAGCUUGCCAAUUUGUUGCGCCUUUUCAGAGUUCCUCAGAUUAGCUACCAAUCGACGAGUCCCACAUUGUCGAACAAGGGCAGGUUCGAAUAUUUUUUUCGAACCGUACCCUCUGACACAAAUCAGGUUCUCGCCAUCAUGGAAAUUCUCAAACGGUUUCAAUGGACUUACGUCUCGAUCGUUUAUUCCGAUACCGACUACGGUAACCGGGGAUAUGAGAAACUACAAGAAGUGGCCGCACGGUACAACAUAUGUUUCUCAAAUCCUCAGUCGAUAAAUGCCGAAGUAAACGACACCAAAUACGACACCGUGAUACAGAAUCUCAUGAACAAAAGCAACGCACGAGUGGUGAUCUUGUUCUCGGAUAAGCAAGUUGCUAAGAAGCUGAUGAAAGCAGCUUAUCGGAAGGGUGCUUCUCGACAGUUUGUGUGGAUCGGCAGCGAUGCUUGGGGAGGUUUGAAAACGCUCUUCGAGACGGAAGGGGAACGCCAAGUUGUCGAAGGAGCUAUCAAUGUUCUUCCCAAGCAGAGAAUUUUGGCUGGUUUCGGAAACUACUUCAGGAAGUUGAACCCGUCAGAGCAUACAGAGAAUCCGUGGUUUGCCGAGUAUUGGGAAGAAUUCUGGAAAUGUCGCCUCCAGGGUUUUCCUGACACUCCAUUCAAUCGAAAUUUCACCACUCGGUGCGCUACGAACACGUCCAUCUUGACAGACGAAUUCAAGGGACUGCACUUCGUUAGAGAUGCAGCUUACGCUUUCGCAUAUGCACUGCACAACACCCAGCGUAAAUGGUGUAGGAACCAAACAGGCCUUUGUCCGAAAAUGUUGGAGAGGAUCGUUGACGGCUCCGAAUUGAAAGGGGCUCUCGAGAACGUGACUUUCAAAGACGAAUCCCAGAAACCAUUCCGAUUCUUGCCUUCCGGUGAUGCCCCACCCAGGUACACGAUCAUAAACUUCCAGAAGGUGGAAGGCAAGAACGGCAGAGCGACGUAUGUUUGGAAGCCGGUUGGCUCGUACGAUCCGAACGAUGAUGGAGAAUCUCACCUCGAAAUCCGGCGCGAGGAGAUGAAAUUCAAACACGACAACCCGAAUUAUCCCCGAUCAUACUGCUCUGAAGCCUGUCGUAAAGAUCAGGUUAUGCUCAAACUCGAGGGCGACACAUGUUGCUGGAUUUGCAGCAAUUGCAGUCAGUAUCAGUUCCUCCGCGAUCAAAAUCAUUGUGCGGAUUGUGAAUUAGGUUAUCUUCCCAAUGAAUCGAAAAAUCGAUGCGAAGAAAUCCCGGAGGUCUUCCUCGACUACGAUAAUCCCUGGGCUAUUGGAUCAAUUUCAUUCGCUUCUAUCGGGAUGCUCGUAGUCAUCUACAUUUCGUUGGUAUUCCGACGUUUUUCCGAUACUCCGAUCAUAAAGGCAUCGGGACGCGAACUGUCUUACUUGCUUCUCUUCGGCAUUUUUCUAUCGUUCUCAUUGACUUUCGUAAUCGUUGCGAAGCCGACAGCUGUGACUUGUGGUCUCACUAGAUUCUUCCUUGGUUUCUGCUACACAACGUGCUACGCCGCCAUAGUCACGAAGACCUCGCGCAUAGCGAGAAUCUUUGCUCACGGGACUAAAGGACGGUCCCACAAGAUCCGAUACACGUCUCCCCGUUCUCAACUGUUAAUUACGGCAUUGUUGGUCAGUGUCGAGGUGAUAGUGAAUGUUUUAUGGCUGAUGUACGAUCCUCCGGACGCGACGAAUAUUUAUCCCACCCGAGAAGAGAGCGUCCUGAUCUGUGCCAGAUCCGACGACCACAAAUACCUCAUCGGUCUCGUGUAUCCUUUUAUUCUGAUGUGUUUCUGCACUGUGUACGCGUUCAAAACUCGUAAGUGUCCGGAUGGCUUCAACGAAGCGCGCUACUUGACCUUCACAAACUAUACGACAUGCGUUGUUUGGCUCGCAUUUCUGCCCCUGUUUGUGCUCUCGACGAACAACGCUAUACGGGCAGUGACGUUGUCGUUUCUGUUGAAUCUCUCGGGAACCGUUCAGAUAUUCUGCCUCUUCGUUCCCAAAGUGUACAUUGCUCUAUUCAAACCAAGUAAAAACACCAAAGAAAGUAUUAUGUGCCAUCACAACCGCAUAGGACAGCCUUUCUGUCAAAGCUCUACUCUCAGUCGAUCGACGGGAACUCUCUGCUGUAAUGCCCAGCUGAGUGGAUCCGAAGGACACAUCAAUCGAUUUUGCCGUGACCAGGGAGGCGGAGGAGGAGGGGGAGGAAGCGUCGGCCCAGGAGGAGGAGGAGGAGGAGGAGGCGGGAGUUGUUGUGGGGGAGGGGACGCGGUGGUUGCGUUGACGUCCUUAGAGAACUCGAAAUCGAGUAUUUUUCUCGUAGUGCCGCAAACUGACGCCGAGAUCCAAAGCAUCACCAGCAGUGAUUCUCAAAAGGAAACGCGUACGCGGAACAGAUCCUGUACGGAACGGGACUCGAAAGCCAUUUAG